GCCACCAUACCAGUGUGUAAAACAAAAACCAAAACUGAAUUGGUACUGUACUGGUGUUUACAUCAGUUCCUCGACAGUGUCACUAUGUCCCUCCCUGACGCUGUGACAACAACUCCCUGCGGGACUGAUCAGUUUGCCAAUCUGCUGAUGAACAUGUGUGGCACUCCACCAAAGAAAAGAAAAUGUGAUUUUCAAAUGACUGGAAACCAACUUGUUACUCUCAUUAGUCCAACCGAAAUAGUUUUGAAAUUACCUCAGAAUACCUCAGCCAGCUUUCCCAUUUGGGGUUUGAUACAAGCAUCCCAAGCUGAGGUGGUUUGGAACGUGACACCUUAUAAAAUAGACAUAAGGAUAGUUCCUUUAAAUGCCUUUAAACCUGAGGUUUCAGAGCCUAGCAACCAGUUGGCUGAGCACCAACAAAGAACUGGUAGCUCGUUUUUCAUAGUACAUGAAUUAGUCCCUAAUUGGGGCUCCAUCUUUUAUGACCCAGUUCAAGAAUCAGCCUUUGAUCAGCAGUACCAAAUAGGCAAGACGCAAAUCUGCGACCAGUUCCUUUUAGGAUGUUGCUCCCUUGAUUUGCGAUGCCCUCUGCACCACACACCGUUUCCCUUCCACUGGCAGCUGAGACGGAGGGCUAGGUAUCAGUGGGUCAGUGUGUCCCAGUCAGCACAGAUUCACCUUGAGAAGCUUUACUGCAAUGCUGACAACGAUGAAGCAAUUCUGAACCUACUUGGCAACAUCUUCACCCUGAAUUUUGACAGCAUGACAGUUUGUGAUUCUGACAAUUAUGAUGAAGUAAGAAGGCUCUCAAACACAACCAAUUCUGACUGCAAUCCACACUUUCCAACUGUGUGGAAGAUGUACUGGAGGAAUGAUUAUGACUUAUUCGUUGAAUAUGAUGAGUCUAUUUCAAGGCUGCUGGAAGAUGCAAUUCAGAACAGAGCACUCAAGUGCACGUUCACACAAACAGGUCGACAGUACGAGGUGGACUUCUCCAACCUCAAUCAAAAGAACAUAGCAACAGGAUUCAUCCGUGAAAUUAGACGAAGACCUGUCUUCCGGUCCCUGCCGGCACUGCAGCCUCAUCUAAAGACUUUAAGCCCUAGUGUUUUUCCAGAACAUGGGGAACCACAGCCUCAGGUUUGUUUGGUCGACCCUCUGGAAGAAUUCACAUGUUGGUAUCCCCCUGUCUGGAGACCUGGGCCCACAGAGGAGGAGUUCACGAAGAUUGAGGUCAACCUCUAUGAAAAGGCCUACCUGAAAGUCUAUGAGCUGUUCCACAAAACCUUGUCCGAGACAGACGUAGAGAUUGUGAACAUCUACCAAAUCCAGAACACUUUUCAGUGGGAUAAAUAUAGAAGACAAAAAGAAUACAUGCUUGCCAAAUGUGCUGAAAAUAAGGAAUGUGCCAUUGAGCAUCAUUUAUUCCAUGGAACUACAACAGAUGCCGUGGACAGAAUCUGUAAGCACAACUUUGACCCCCGCGUUUCAGGAAAGAAUGGGAGCGUGUACGGCAGAGGAAGCUACUUCGCACAGAAUGCCAGCUACUCCAAUGACUUUGCUAAACCAACUGAGGAUGGAUUUCAGCAUAUGUUUUUGGCCAAAGUUUUGGUUGGAAAGAAGGAUACUGGAAAGUCUGGCUACUACCGACCCCCGCCGCUUUUACCAGAGAACCCAACCAGUGAUUUAUACGACUCCUGCGUAAAUAACCCCACUGACCCAACAAUAUUCGUUAUUUUUGACAGCUGCCAGUGCUACCCGUACUACCUCAUCAAAUACAGGGUUACGUCUGAUGUUGUCAAUAUAUCUGAAUGGCAUAUGUAGCUAGGCUCCAUUCACAUGGGCGCGAUUGGAGCAAAUAUCCAUUCCCGGGAGCAGAUCGGAUCGAUUGGAGCUCAAACUGCCUCAGUUCGCUUAAAACGAUUCGAUCCGAGAUCGGAAAAAUAGGUGAUCUCGGCUAGUUUGAGCAAUCGACCCUGGUGCGGAUCGAUUGUUUUUGCUCUGUGUGAAUGCUAACCUGUGUACAACCACUAACAGUUCAGUUUGUCACCACUGGGUGUCGGUAUAGACCCUUAAUAUUUUCCUAUAUAUUUGAUUACAUGUUUUAGUUAUGGGAGAAUACAUAUGACGAACAUUUUGUUAAAGAUGUGGUUGCAGGUAGUUUACAAACCUUGGCAUUUCGAUGCGCAGGGGAAACGUUGUUGUAAGGCAAAUACACUGAUUGAGCAUCUUUUUUUCUGCUGUAUUGAAAAGCUCGUCGGCUUUUGAACUGUCUCUGUCGUACUGACAAAUGACAGCCAUAAUAAUAAAAAAAACCCACCUACUUCAUUGUUAUUCGCCAUUAUCUACACAUAAUGAAAAAUACAGUGCAGCAUGAAUUCAAUGUGAGCUGAGCUCGUUUGAAAUUCCUGUGCGAAUGCUGAACGAUCUCGAGCUAGCAGCAGAGGGAAACGAGCCACCACAGGAACUCGGCUCGUUUUCAUGGACACCCCCGUUUGAAUGCUCCUCGAUCUUAACUCGGCUCGUUUUCAUGGACUGCCCUGUUUGAAUGCUCCUCGAUCUUAACUCGGCUCGUUUUCAUGGACUGCCCUGUUUGAAUGCUCCUCGAUCUUAACUCGGCUCGUUUUCAUGGACUGCCCUGUUUGAAUGCUCCUCGAUCUUAACUCGGCUCGUUUUCAUGGACUGCCCUGUUUGAAUGCUCCUCGAUCUUAACUCGGCUCGUUUUCAUGGACUGCCCUGUUUGAAUGCGCCUCGAUCUUAACUCGGCUCGUUUUCAUGGACUGCCCUGUUUGAAUGCGCCUCGAUCUUAACUCGGCUCGUUUUCAUGGACUGCCCUGUUUGAAUGCUCCUCGAUCUUAACUCGGCUCGUUUUCAUGGACUGCCCUGUUUGAAUGCUCCUCGAUCUUAACUCGGCUCGUUUUCAUGGACUGCCCUGUUUGAAUGCGCCUCGAUCUUAACUCGGAUCAUUUUCUAAACUCUCGGGUCGUUUGCAAUCGCUCCCGUGUCGAUGCCGAUGACACAAAAUUAGCAGAAAACAAAAUUUCAGAUGAUAUCUAAAUACCUUUCUAUCAGCAGCAGUUUCUCCAAACCACUUGCUAUUGUACCGUAAAGAGGCAUACAUCCUGUCUGAGUAUUACUUGUUAAUAUUGUGACCUAAUUUCGACAGCACUGUGUUUAGAUUUUCAGUCACUUACAGUUCAGCUUG